GAUCCGCGCGCGUGCGCGCGCGCACUGCUCCGAGUCCCGAAGUCACCGCCAGUCACAAGCCGUCAUCGUCGUCCCCGCUCUCCGAUCACAAUCUCUAUCGCCAACGUCGUCACUAUCAUCAGCGCUCGUGCCUCGACUUUUUUUUCUCGAACCUAGCGCCGAGCCCCCCCAGUCGGGCGUGGGGCAACGGCGCCCGGCUGCAGUUUCAACUGGACGGACGUUCAAACCGAGGGGCUUCAAAGCGCGUGGCAUCGGGACGACCAGGAAGAGGAGUACCAGGAGGAGGAGGACCAGACACACGGGCAGAGGAUAGGGAACAUCGAGCACAGGAUCAGGAGGAGGCUCGUAAGAAAAUAAAAAAGAAAAUCAGAAGAUAGGGGAGAUUAGGAGGAGGCUCAGGAAUAAGCUGAGGAGGAGGCUCAAGAUCAGGAGUUCAGGUCUCGCUAUCGCGCACCAUGCAUCGACCCGCGGGCGCGCUCACCGCCUUCACCAUCGACUCCCUCAUCGGGGGCGGACAGGGCAGCUGCGGUCAGCUACUCUACCCGGGCUACCCGGGGCUCUUCCUGCCCCCCUAUGGGCCCCUGGUGAUCCCCAGCCCAGCCGCGCUGCAAGCCGGGCUGCACGGAUUCGCGGGCGCCGCUUUCGGAGCCGCGGGGCUCUGCUCGGCUUUCGCCAGGACCCUGCCGCCCGUGAUCCCCGACACGAGGCACUGCUACGGGAAGGGGAGACCCCCGGGCAGGGAGGAGCGACUUCGCGACCACUCUCACGACUCCUCGGGGAGCUUCUCCCGAAGCCGGGAGACGGAGCAAGAGGAGCGCAAUGAGACGGAAGACGCGGGGCGAACGGAGCGUCCGCCCGCGGUGGUUCUUCACUGCGCCAAGCCCUGCAGGUCUCCCACCACCGCGGCGCGGGUCGCGGGCUUCAGUCCCGGGGGGAUCGAGGGCGCGCGUGGAGGGCGCGGCGCCUCCUCCUCCUCCUCGUGCUCCGCGCCCGACGACGAAUUCUCGUGCGACAGCGACGCGGACCACUGCAGCUCGGACGAGUUCAGCGGAGACAGCCUGCACUCCCCCCCACGAGCUCUCCCCGCGACUCCCCGCUCCACCAGAGUGUCUCCCCCCUGCUCGUCGUCAUCGGCAGCAUCCUUCUCGCCGGGUGACAGAGGCUACGCGGCCGAACACGAUCAGCAUCGCCGGCACGAUGACCAUCAGCGCGUUGCUGAAGACCAACUUCAGAAUGACCACAAUAUUCACCACCACCAGCAGCAUCAUCAUCAUCAUCAGCAUCUUCAGCAGUCUCACCACCACCACUACGACUUUCACCAGCAGCAACAGCAGCAGCAUCAGCAGCAAGUGGGCAAGUCCAAUCUCAACCCGCAGCAGCAGCAGCAGAGGAGGCGGCGGCGCACGGCGUUCACGAGCGAGCAGCUGCUGGAGCUCGAGAAGGAGUUCCUGAGCAAGAAGUACCUCUCCCUGUCCGAGCGCUCGCAGAUCGCGGCGGCGCUGCGUCUCAGCGAGGUGCAGGUGAAGAUUUGGUUCCAGAACCGGCGCGCUAAGUGGAAGCGCGUCAAAGCGGGCAACGGCGCGUCCCGGAGCGGGGAGCCGACCCGAAACCCCAAGAUCGUGGUGCCCAUCCCCAUUCACGUGAACCGCUUCACCGCACGGGGAAUCCAGCCGGGGGGACUCGAGGCCGGCGGGCAGAGCCAGUCAGAGCAAGACAAGAUGUAGUCGUCCCCAACCCCCGUCGCUCCACUUUGGUUAAACCAGGGCCACAUCCCCCAACUCGCGUCUGGACUCUGAGGCUCGGCUCCGGACAGCUCCGGCUGAAAUUGAGCCCUGGGUUGAAGACGCAGCGCCUCAACUAUUCAUCAUCGUCAUCGAUAUAAUAUGACAGGGCCGAUCCAUUGAUGGAUGAACGCCAUCCCAAAGCCGAUGCCAUCUCCUGUGAUCCCGUGAUGCAACACCCACAACAUGAACGAGCUCUUAUCUUGUAGCUACACUGCGUGGCUGUGUAGUGGUAUGGGCUGUCCCAGCACGUGUCCGAAGCUUCGCUCGUGUUUGGGAACAUAGAUUAAACCUUUAGCUCGCUCUUGUGACACCCUUGCAGUGACGUCCAUAUGCAAAUCACAGGGAAUGCGCUCGAACACGUCAGAUCUCAGAAGCUGAGCAACGUUGAGCCUCCAGGAUAGUGCUGGGUCGGGAGACUGCUCGCUAAUGUACACCAGGCGUCGUGGGCUUGAGCUGCGAGGUAUAACCAGGAUAUGGCAGUGCAGCAACGGAUUCUUGAAUAUGUGGGCACAGCAAUUGAGAAUUACUCCCUCGUAUGGCCGGGUUUUCUUGAAGGCAUGAGACAAAAGAAAAUAAGUUAAAUUUCGAUUUAAAGCUAAGUAAGUUAAUGAAUUCAUUGGUUCAAUAAUUAAUUGGCCAAACAUCACAGUCCAGCAGGAGCCUCUUUAAAAAAAGAUCUUGAGACUCGGUGAGCUUUUUUUCGGAUAAAUAAAGGGCAGCAUGAUCAUUACCGUGUAUCAUUCAAGCCUUCAGCAAUCACCUCCGAUGAGCAACGGUCGGCUACGUACGGUGCGAAAGAAGUUCACCAUACAUACAUAGUGACGUCCUUCUAGCGCAGUGGCGGUGCUUGUGAAAAAAACCGAGUCAAUCUAAAAUAUAAUAAAGUUAUUUUUUUCUCUCUCAACAACGAAGCUGCAAACUCGUGUGGGACAGCGCGGCACACAGUGCCAGCGUUGUGGGAAUUACAAGAUAAGAGCAAAUUGUUGUUGUUGUUACGUGUGGCUCGCGUCUUUAAUAUAUUUUAAGAGCUGCCCCGAAUAACCCGACCACGUGUCCAACCUGCGCCACGUGUUCACGUGUAAGUGGGUCCUUCACCAUCAUUGGCCACCCACGACUGUUCGCUCAUCACCCGACUUUGACGCGUUGUAGGAGGGGCAGUCGGCAUGUGUUCAAUGAAUACUCGAGCCUUUGUGUGUCUGUGUGUAUAUAUAAAACGCAUCAUGAUACGUAUUCCUGUACAAUACAAUUACCGACUGGUAAUGGACAUUGUUACCCACUUGGUUAAGCAGAAGUGCGCGCGCAUUGAUUGUCUGGGAACAGUCGAGUAGACUUUGCUUCAUUUGCGUGCCUUAAUACUUACGCGUUCCUGAGCUAUAAUUUCUGGGAUUAAAUUGUACGUGAGCGUUCACACACCCACACGUGAAUAGCGUACACACACGGAUGGAUUGUUAUGUUUGCAUGUGCGUGUCUGUGUGUGUCUCUACGAGUGUGUAUGUGUGAGAAUGUACAGGUUUCCCUCGCAUUGUGCGGUAGAUGCGUUCCAAAAAAGGGGUUCACAAAGUGAAAUCGCACGAGACAUCUGCCUGCCGAGUAGCGCACACAGCACACACACAGUACACACACACUACACACACACAGUACACAGACACACACAGUACACACACACACAGUACACACACAGUACACACACAGUACACACACACAGUACACACACACAGUACACAAACACUACACACACACAGUAUACAAACACUACACACAAACACAGUACACACACAGGGUACACACACAGUACACAAACAUUGCACACACACAGUACACACACAGUACACACACAGUACACAAAACUACACACAAACACAGCACACAAACACAGUAAGCACACAAUACACACGCACGCCAUACACAAACAUUACACACACAGUACAAACACAGUACACACAGUACACACGCACGCAGUACACACACAGUACACACGCAGUACACACACACACUACACACAAUGUACUCCCACGCACGCAGUACACAAACAUUACACACGCAGUACACACACACUACACACACACUACACACAAUGUACUCCCACGUCCGACCGCAUUGCCGCAUAUUAGUGACUUAAAACCGCAUAGAGCGAAGUUUGGGUUCAAAUAGGUUCACCGCAUACACGCGAAAUCGCACAAACUGAACCCGCACAAAGCAAGGGAAACGUGUCCUGGGGCCGAGACGUAGCGGUCCACGCGCUUGCGCUACGAUGCCGGCUGACCCGAGUUCGAUUCCCAGCCACGGACAACGUCAGCGGUAGUUUGUCAUCCGAUCUUGUGCUGGGACCGCCCAAAGGUCGACAUGGCCACACAGUAGUAUUACAUUUGUCUUCAUUCAAGACCCCAAUGUUCUAUCCCAAUGUAAGCAGGAGUCACUCAAAUGUGACCUGGACUGCAAACAGCAAAGUUCCGAAUGCAACAAAACACACGAUUCAUUAUCAUGAACGCAAAAAGCUUUCCGGUGCAAGAUACACAGGCAUCGAGCCCGAUGUGUAAACCAAACAUCAAGACUAGGGAGACAAAGGCGGCCGGGCGCGGGAUCUGACCACACCGCCAUAUCGUGCGUCGUUACGGCCUUAAUAGGUGCUCGCUAAGAACAAUUGCCCCCCCCCCCACCACCACCCAGGUCUAAAAAUGCAACACGACGGGUUCUUUGUCUUUGUGUGCGAGCGAGUGAAUAUACGCCUAACAGACUGUUUCCCCAACAGUCUGUUCAGGCUAUACGGUGGAUCUUUGUCUUUGGCUUGUACGUCUACCGGCGUGGGGAGCGGUGAUGUAGCGGUUAGCGCGCUGCGCUACGAACCCGACCACCCGAGUUCAGUUUCCGCCCACGGCCACCACCAGUGACCGGUCCUGGGCCUCCUCGAGGUCGACUCUGCCUCAAAUGAGUACCUGAUGCGGUGUGUAAACAUAGCCACGAGGGAGACAAAGGCGGCCGGGCGUGGUGCUGGCCACCCAUCCCCUCGCCUUCAUAAGUGCUCGCGAAUAGCACUUGCCGCUUGAGGCGAUACGCGGGAUCUUUGGCUUUGUGUGUCUGCCGCUAUGCCAUUGCGUCACUUGCUGGGCUUGUGCCAUCAUUCACACCCACGCUCACGUGGUUUAGCAGAGCAAUGGGCCACUGGAAUGUCACGCAUUAAUUGCUUUUCCCCCUUCCACCAAAGGGUUAUGCGCAAUGCUUGUGGACCGUUCUUUAACUCGUACAACAAAGGAAAACAACCUCAGUACAGCCUCAACUGAUUGUUGGGACAAGUGCUGUUAGCGAGCGGCUAUGAAGGCCGGCACGGCACACGAGGGGGUGGUUGGCCAACACCACGCCCGGCCGCCUUUGUCUACCCAGUGGUGAUGUUUACGUACCGCACCAGGUACUAAUUUGAGGCCGAGUCGACCUAGCGGAGGCCCAGGACCGGUUCAAUUGAUCGUGGCUGGUUUUAGCCGUGAGUGGAAAUCGAACUCGUGUCGCCGGAUUCGGAGCGCGGCGUAGCGCUAACUACUACACUACCGCAGCGCACUACUUCAACUCGCGCGCACACAAAUACGAACAUGUGUGUACAGCACUCAACAUACUAUAUAACAUGCGCAUUGUUUUGUUAUGAAGGUACGUGGUCGUCCUUAAACCUAUAAACAGUUUAACACGCAAGUUAUCACGACCAAUAUUAUCCAUAAGAGGUUUUUGGGUUAGAUCGCAUUAAUCUAAAUGUGUCGUUAAGACCGAAACGGGAGGAUGUAUCCACAACUCUGGCUGUCGCCUGAUGAUGCUCGUUGUAAUUACCGGCGAAACGUCGUACUCGAAUUGUAAAUGUUGUGGGUUUACUCUCCAACACACCGGCGUGCUGAACUAGCAACGAAUUGCCACGUUUUGUUUACGUGACAAACCUUACUAAUUGGCUGUGUCGGGUGGUGGUGGGUUUAACGACACAUUUAUAUUUAAGCGAUUUAACCCACAAACCUCUAUCAUGGACCUAUAAAACACAUUUUGAGCAUCUAAAAUCAAUUCAAGAAACAACCAGCCAGCUUGUAAAUACAUCAGCGUAGUCACCAUCAUCAUCAUGAGCCUUGGUCUGACCACUUCCAUUCCGUUACCAGUCUCGCUGAUCGGAUGAUGACCGAGAGAGACGCGCUUUGUAUAAAUGAACGCGCCGUGACUACACACUUGGCUUCCGCCAGACUUUGUCUUGCGACGAAAAAAAUAUAUUGUUUAGUCUACGCGUGAAUUAUAUUAGAACGGUAAAAAGGUAUAUAUAUUCAAAUAUAUUAUUCCAUCUUUAUAAUGAGUCUCUUUUUACACAUGCGUGAAUCGCGGACGCGUGCAUGCCCCGUGUAUAUUAUAACAAGCGGCGUGAACUAAUGGAGCUGCAUGUAAUUACAUUUGUACGCUUUCGCCUACGAUAUUUCAUAAUAAAUUAUUCAAAUCCGAA